AUGGUGGUAUGUCGACCACAGACGGUUGACGUGGUAGCCAAGUGCCAUCGACUAGCGUCCUUGACUACCUUUAGAACUGGAAAGCUAUUAGCUUGCCGGUCCUUCCAUGUUACCAACCAGUCUCUGAACGAACAUACCGCGAAAAUCGAAGCGAAACCAAGCACCCCCUACUCAUCGUUAACGGUCGGUGUUCCGCGGGAGAUCUUCCCCAAUGAACGGCGAGUCUCCCUCACACCUCAGAAUGCGGCUCUUCUUCGCAAGAAAGGAUUUAUGAAGGUUUUAGUGGAGCGCAACGCUGGGGUGGAAGCUCAGUUUCUGGACGAACAAUAUGCAGCUGCUGGCGCGACUCUGGUCUCGAAAGACGAGGUGUUUAGGUCAUCCGACAUCAUGCUCAAAGUUCGGCCUCCACUUCUCGGACAGGAGGUCGAAGCUUUGAAAGAAGGCAGCACGAUAAUUUCCUUCCUCUACCCAGCCCAAAACAAGUCAAUUGUGGAUACCCUUGCUACAGGCAAAGUUGAUGCUUUUGCGAUGGAUAUGAUACCCAGAAUUUCUCGUGCUCAGGUCUUUGACGCAUUGAGCUCUAUGGCCAACAUCGCUGGAUAUAAGGCGGUUCUAGAAGCAUCUAAUCAUUUUGGCAGGUUUUUGACCGGCCAAGUAACGGCAGCUGGGAAAAUUCCACCUUGCAAAGUUUUGGUCAUUGGUGCUGGUGUAGCAGGGCUGAGCGCCAUUGCGACGGCGAGGCGAUUGGGAGCGAUUGUUCGUGGGUUUGACACUAGAGCAGCAGCUCGAGAACAGGUCCAGUCACUCGGCGCUGAAUUUCUUGAGGUUAUCAUUCAAGAAGAUGGCGGAGGUGCUGGUGGCUACGCGAAAGUUAUGUCCAAGGAGUUUAUUGCAGCAGAGAUGGAACUCUUUAUGGAGCAGUGCAAGGAUGUGGAUAUAGUUAUUACCACGGCCUUAAUUCCUGGACAACCUGCGCCUAAACUGAUCACUGCUGAAAUGGUGGCCGCGAUGAAGCAAGGGUCGGUAAUCGUAGACCUCGCCGCAGAGGCUGGCGGAAAUUGUGAGGCCACACGACCAGGAGAGCUCAACGUUCAAUCGGGUGUAACUAUUAUUGGUUACACCGAUCUUCCAUCGAGAUUGCCAACACAGUCGUCUACUUUAUACUCUAACAACAUCACUAAGUUUCUGCUCUCUCUCGGUGGUGAAGGCAAUUUUGCUGUCGAUCUCGAUGACGAAGUUGUUCGAGGUUCACUCGUUGUCCACAACGGCAGCAUACUGCCACCAGUUCCCCGUGCAAUGCCUCCUCCGGUUGCUUCCCCGCCCACUGCCGUAGAAGAUACAGCGAAAACAACUGCUAUCACACCAUGGCAGAAAGCAUCUCGGGAGGUGGCUGUGGUUACGGCGGGCAUGGGCGGAGUGCUCGCCCUAGGUAAAGCGACGGGUACAGCAUUUAUGGACAGCUUCUUUACGUUUGGCCUGGCAGGUUUGGUUGGAUAUAGAGUGGUUUGGGGUGUCGCUCCUGCUCUCCACUCGCCCCUUAUGUCGGUUACGAAUGCAAUUUCCGGUCUGGUCGGUGUUGCUGGAAUGUUUGUUAUGGGCGGAGGAUACCUCCCAGGCACAAUUCCUCAGGCAUUAGGUGCCGCGGCAGUUCUUUUAGCAAGCGUCAACGUUGCAGGGGGGUUCAUCAUAACAAAAAGGAUGUUGGAUAUGUUUAAACGUCCGACAGACCCGCCAGAAUACUCGUGGUUGUAUGCUGCUCCAGCAGUCGUAUUCACUGGAGGAUUUCUGGCAGCUGCGAGCACUGGAAUGGCAGGCCUUGUUCAAGCUGGAUAUUUGACAAGCAGUGUUUUGUGCAUUGCUUCACUUUCUGGUUUGGGUUCGCAAACAACAGCCAGGCAAGGCAAUGCACUUGGCAUUCUUGGAGUGGGCUCUGGAGUCCUAGCUUCGUUGGGGGCAGUAGGGUUUUCUCCGGAAGUUGUAGCCCAGUUUGCUGGGGUGGCAGCGAUUGGAGGACUCAUCGGUUCUAUUAUUGGUAGACGCGUCACUGCUACUGAGUUACCCCAGACCGUUGCGCUGCUUCAUUCAAUUGUGGGUUUAUCAGCAGUGUUGACCAGCAUUGGAAGCGUGCUCCAAGAUCCGGCUCACCUCUCCAAUUUACACCUCGUAACGGCUUAUUUGGGUGUUGUCAUCGGUGGGAUUACGUUCACUGGCUCUAUUGUUGCCUUUUUGAAGCUGGCCGCACGAAUGACAACCAAGCCCCUUGUCCUUCCAGGGAAGCACCUGAUCAAUGCGUCUCUUCUGGGUGCAAAUGCUCUGACCAUGGCAGGGUUCAUGUCCAUGGCUCCAACAACCCCUUUGAUCGCAGCUUCUUUCCUUGGUGCCAGCACAAUUCUAAGUUUCUUGAAGGGGUUUACUACCACCGCUGCUAUAGGUGGUGCCGACAUGCCUGUGGUCAUCACAGUACUCAACGCCUAUUCGGGGUUUGCUCUUGUCGCAGAAGGGUUUAUGCUGGAUAACCCUUUGCUUGUUUCGGUAGGGUCGUUGAUUGGCGUCAGCGGCUCUAUUCUCUCGUACAUCAUGUGUAUUGCGAUGAACCGAUCUCUAACAAAUGUGCUAUUUGGCGGUAUUACCCCCACGGCCCCCACUGAAACCCAGAAGAUUGAGGGCACCAUCACUCGAACGACCGUGGAUGAUACGGUUGAGGCUUUGGCGAAUGCAGACAGUGUUAUACUGGUGGUGGGCUAUGGAAUGGCUGUCGCCAAGGCGCAAUAUGCAAUAUCAGAAAUAACGGCUUUGCUUCGUGCUAAAGGGGUGAAUGUUCGGUUUGCGAUUCACCCUGUAGCUGGUCGUAUGCCCGGACAAUGUAAUGUACUGCUUGCAGAAGCUUCUGUACCCUAUGAUAUUGUUUUUGAAAUGGAUGAAAUCAACGAAGAUUUCAAGGAUACCGACCUCACUCUCGUCAUCGGUGCCAACGACACAGUGAAUCCCAUUGCUCUCGAGCCAGGUUCCGCUAUUGCGGGAAUGCCCGUCUUGCAAGCUUGGAAGAGCAAACAAGUCAUCGUCAUGAAGAGGGGAUUAGCCAGUGGUUACGCUGACGUGCCAAAUCCAAUGUUCUAUAUGGCUGGAACGAAGAUGUUGUUCGGGGACGCGAAGGAGACCUGCGAUGCCAUAAAACAAGGCCUUGAAGCCCGAUACGGCAAGUAG